AUGCUAACUCUAUCACCUCAGUCCGCACAAAACUCCGCUGGAAUCCAGAGCUUGUUGGAGGCCGAGAAGGAAGCACAGAAGAUCGUUCAGAAGGCCAGAACAUACCGAACACAACGAUUGAAGGACGCCCGUUCCGAAGCCGAUAAGGAAAUCGAGGAAUACAAGCGCAGAAAGGAGUCUGAGUUCCAAGAACACGAGUCUGAGCACACCGGCUCCAACACCAAAGCCGAAGAGGAAGCAAACAAGAAACUAGAGCAAGAUUUGGCUGAGAUUAAGCAGCAAGCGGAGAAGGGGAAGGGAGAUGUGGUGAAGAUGUUGAUUGAUGCGGUUACUUCUGCGAAGGCUGAGAUGCAUGUGAAUGCUACGAAGGCAUAG